AUAUCAGUUUUAUAGAUUACAAAAGAAAAGCUCAUUAAAUACGAACUGUACAUUACAUGUACACAAUGUAAUCACUACUAAUUUAUGAACGCAUGUUGCAUUUGUCAAAUUGACACUAUUGCCAAGAUAAGAAUUGAUAAGAUACAUCAAGAUGCGCUCGAUUGCUUGAAUACCUAUUAGAAAUUUAAAUGAUAUUUUUAUAAAUAUCUGUCAAUUCUCUCUACAUUUACUUAAUUAAAAAUUUGCGUAUUCCUUAUAAUGUAGACAAUAUUUUAGAAUCGUGAAUCUUAUAACACUUAUAUAUUGAAUGUGAUCUAUUUGUUAUUUAUUUGCUAAACAAAGGGAAGCAUGUCUGACAUAAAACUGGAGCCCGAAGAUCUAGAAAUAUGCCGCGGCUGCCUCAGUUCAAACAGGAGGCUGUCUACUGUGGAAACCGCCGUGUAUCUAUCUCUUUUGACCAAAGACCAAAUUCACGAAUUGGAUCUUAUGGAGCACAUAGCUUUGUGUUGGGAGUGUAUGGCUCUGCUGCGGAAGACAAGUGGGUUCGGGGCACAGGUGCAGAAAGCACAUAUGAUUCUGCAAGACUCCUUACAACUUUUACCAACAAAACCUACCCUGUCUUCUCUUUCUGUCCAUCGACACUUUGAAUAUGAUGCUGUUUUUGAAGAAAGCACACCACCUGAAUUACCAAUUUUUUAUGAACCAAGGUCAGCUGUAGACCAUGAUAAAGUUAUUGUACCCACAAAAUACAAAACUGAAGUAACAAAAAGUGAUGUUAAAAAUCUAAAAACUGUUAAAGUCAUUCUGCAUGAUAUUUUUGAAAAUAAUAUUAAAUCUGAACAUGAUAGUGAUGAUAAUGAGAAUUUUGAAGCUGAAGAUAUUUACAUUUCCUCUGAAGAAAUGACAAAAACCAAAACUGAUACCAGAGAAAUUUUACGAAAAACUGUACGACAAAAUGUACAAGAUCCAGGACCAAAGAUAACUAAAGAAAUAAAUAAUACUGCAAUACUAAAACUGAAACAGGAAUCACAAAAAAUAGUUGAUACCAAAAAGGUUACACCAAAAAGAAGACAAGUUAAUACAGCACAAACAUUUUCAGUAAAAAUUGUAAAACACACAAUUAAACAUGGUAAAAAUAAAUCUGAAAUAAAAGUGCUGAGAUCUUCAAAUAUUGAUAAUAAAACAAAAUUAGAAGUAGAAGAGGAUGAUAUUGACUCAGACAAUCAAGAUGCCAGAGCUGAUUUAAAACAUUAUGAAUUUGAAACACAAGUAAAAAAAGAAAAACAGCCAGAGUUACACACAAAUAUCAAAUUAGAAGGCCAUAAUACUAAUAAUGUACAGAAAAAAACAGGAGCAAAGAAGAAAAAACAUACCUUAAAAUUUAGGAAAUUAAAUACGAAAUAUAAAAAGAUAGAAGAGGUUUUGCCAUAUUUUCAAGAAAUCGAAAUGAAUGAGCAAGAUUUAAAGAGCACCUUAGAAAAAGAUGAUGCAAUUGUUGAUAAACACAGAAUCCAUAAAUGUAGUAUAUGCGGUGUGACAUUUCAGCUUCUUAUAAAUUUGAAGGGACAUGCAUUACGAAAUCAUAAAAAAACUCAUCCUGAACACUUUAACAAUACAAAUUUCAACAACCCAGCCUUAGUCCUGCCGCAGAAUUCCGUCUGGCGUUGCGAUGUCUGCGCCAGAAUGAUGCGGAGAGAACACAUAGUCGCACAUAUGAACGAAUUCCAUGUACGUCGGUUUUUGUGCAAUGGGUGUGAAUGGAGCAGGAAGCCUUUUUGGAAAAAAGAAGAUUGCCAACGACACUGGAACGAAAUUCACAAACAAUUAAUAUGUGAUAUAUGUGAAAUACGCAGGAAGUCAAAGAAAACGAUGGAGUUCCAUAUCGAAGAAACUCACAUGCCAAACAUACUGCGACAACAUCAAUGCCCUCACUGCCCGAACUCAUAUUCCGACCGCAAAUCCCUAUUAGAGCACGAUAGACAAACCCAUCAGACGCCUGAGCCGGUCGAGCGGCGAUACUGCGCCGUGUGUGACGUCACCUUUAGGAGGAUUGAGGGUUUCCAGGCUCAUUUCCGUAAUUGUCAUUCCGGGAUACCUAAAAAGCGGUUCCCGUGUCCACAAUGCGACAAGGUUCUGACCAAGAAAAUCUAUCUUAAGCGUCAUACAGACAUCAUCCACGCAGGCAUAAGCGAAUUCCGCUGUCAUAUCUGUGGCAAGUACUUGUGCAAGAAAAUGGCGCUGCAACGACAUUUGGAUAUGCACAAUAAUAUAAAACGUCCAAGGAAUCACGCGUGCAACGUAUGCGGGCACACGUUUAUGACCAACAGUAGCCUACAGUUCCACAUGAACACGCACACAGGCGAACGGCCGUACAAAUGUACAGAAUGCCAGGCCGCGUUCACGCAGCCGUACACGCUGCGCAUGCAUCUGGCCAAGCACCAUAAUGUGGACGCCAGCGUUGGGACUGAUGGGACGAUUGUGUUGGCAGUGAAGUAGUAGGCUAAAACUGUGUAGAUUACAAAAUUAGUGAACAAAUAAAAAUAAAGUUUUUAAGUUA